ACAACGGCGAGCACGUCGAUCGACCCUGGGAAUUGUCUGUUGUUUCCACACACUCAACGACCAACUUGACCAUCCAACGACGACAUAAUUUGACAGACCAGUUGUGCGAGACAGGUUGCCCGUGACUUCGUGUAAAUCGCGCAGAGACAUCACCUGCUCGUUCAAGAACAUAUUCAAACCACUCCGGUCCACGAACGACUUCAACACGCGAACACCACACGUGGUACGCUGGCCGUUAUGGAUAAUACUUUGGACAACACGACCCUCUCGACGGUGUCGCUCCUCGAAUCGCGGCUGCUGCGCAUCGAGCACCUUCUGUAUGGCCCGACCGCGGCGUCGCCAUCGUCCCAGACAGAGUCCGCGGUCGACACGCUCCAGGACCUCGAACGCCGCUUCAACCACCUUCUGUCCCGUAUCCGCGUCUACGGCGAGUUGAUAAAGAUUUACAACUUCCAUCCAACCCUCUUCCAGCCCCCUCCAUCCCCCGAGCCCCCGACCCAGCUGGCCCCGGAGGCGGUUCAGGCAACCGUCCUCGCAUCCGCAGCUUCCUUCCCGGCUACAGCCUCCUCGCUGACCUCUGUCAACGACUGCCCGAUUCCCGAAUCAUCACAGAGCGCCGCCCUGGCCUCCCUCGUGCCCAAGAUGCGCGGUAUUGAGACGAUGCAGAUCGCUCAGGAGGCCGAGAUGGCUGACCUUCGCGCACGGAGCGAGGAGGUCCUCAAGAGAUGGUACCAACAGAGCAUCCUAGGCGCUUCCGAAUUUGUAGCCGACGUCGAGGGCCGAGUGGAGCUGGUCGAGCGCCGUGUGCGGAGGGCCGAACGGGAAAAGGAAGAAGCUGCAGCCAUUUGAUGAGCCCUGGACGCGUUCCACAAUCAAGCCGUCGCGAUCCGAUCUAAAUCAGCAUUCGCUGUCGUUUGUCGGGCUUUUCUCCAGAGCAAGGCAUUGUUUGCACCGAACCACGUGUGUUGUAGCCUCGGAGCCCGCCACCAUCGGUCAGUCACCAUCUCAUCUGGACCAUCGGCCGGCUUUCAUGGAAACAGACAGCGGCCUUGCGGGGCCAACACCAUGGCGGAAAAGGGCAAACAGCGCAAGGUCUGUAGACGAAAAUGAUGGUAUCGCCAGCGAUCGUCAAGGCAGCCGUGGAGAACUACUGCGACUGGCCGGCGAAGACCCCCCUCUCGUCCCAAGGACCGAGUACAGGGCGGAUGGCUUUCUUCGUCACACACCAUCUUGGCCUACAGGAGUUCCGGCAUUGGCAUACAAAAGGUUCAGAUUACCGAGCAUGUGAGCGGACGACCCCGAAAAAGUCUGACGUCGGCAGCCCGAACGACGAAGCAGAACGAAAAAGAAAAGAAAAAAGCUUCUCCAGAGUUUGCGCAUGAUCAGAUCAGAGCACCAAUGAUGCAGAGACGUGAUGAAUCAGAGGGCGGAAGUAUCAUGCCGGGUCAGCUCGGGCAGCCGUACGGGAGUUUGCCUCUCCGCGUUUCAGAAGCAGGUUUGUCCCAGUUCCAGGACUGGUUGGCGGGUGCUGCCCAGGCUCUGACCCGGCUGCUCGGCGGGUUGAGUCGAGAUUAGCGGAUGAACUCCAGCAAGCCGGGCACGGCACUGUUUUGUUAUCAUUUCGUUCGGCCCUGAACGGUGGCAAGUAGCUGUCAAUAAGAGAAUACCAAUUGCUGCUUCUCGAGUGGUAGCGUGAGAACCAGGUCUGAACGUGACAAGGGCGGGGACCGA